GUGAAAGGUCUAACCGGAAAGGUCGUGUUUCUGCGCAGCUUUACUUUAUCUUGUUGUUUUCCUUCUUCGCGGAGGUUUAUUUGCGUUCUGGGCAGGUCCAUCAGAAAAAAUGGACGAGAUGGACGAAGAUCUCGAAAAAUUUGAUCCCAACAUACCUGAAGAGGGCCCAUCAGCGCCCCCUCCUGGCUGGCUGGAGGACAUACAUGGAUACCAGGGCAAUAAUAAAGGAGGUCUGGAGGAUGAAGAGCCGUUGUACCCCCCGCCCCCUGCCUAUAACCCCCAACCUGAACUCAACAGGAGCACUUCAGUCCCCAACAUCAGAGUCCCGUCGGUGUCGGAGGACGUGGCCCGAGAGGCUCUGCUGAAGUUCGUGGAAUCCAAAUGGAAGUACAGCUCCAAACCAGCCAGAAACCUCACGUUCAAAACUCUCAAACCCAUCACCGUUUACAGGUAUAGACUGGAGACCUACACCGAGACCAGAACCAGCGCCUGGCAGUUUGAGCCCUACAACGGCCAGAUGGUGGAUGGUCCUCAGUGUGGAAUGAUUCCUCCACCGUGGGACAUCCCAGUAUCCCUGCCUCAGAUGUACUCUGACAAGAAGGAGAAGAUCCGAGUGCCGCACUCGUCAUUUGUGAAGAUCUGCCAUAAAUGUCAUGGCUUUGGAAGAACUCGCUGCAAUGGCUGCUUCGGCAGAGGCAUGAAACGUUGCACUUUUUGCCAUGGCCAUGGUCGGGCUAGAAACAAACGCUGCACUCGCUGUCACGGACGAGGUCGCAAGAGGUGUUUGAGUUGCCGUGGGGACGGCUACAAGACAUGCUCCGUUUGUCACGGGGCCCAGAACCUGCUGCACUUCAUCCAGCUCACAGUCACAUGGAAAAACAACGUCAGUAACUUCAUUCCAGACCGUCAGCCGGACUUUCCAGACAAGAAGUUUGAGAAGGUGUCAGGAGACCCGUUCUUUAUUGAUGAGAAUGUACUGGUUUAUCCAAUCGUAGGUUUCCCUGAUCAGGAGAUCUGUGACGUCUCAACAAAACUGAUAAACGAGCAUCUUUGUCGCUUCACUUCCACCAGCCGCAUCCUCCAACAGCGUCAGACCAUCGAGCUGGUGCCCCUCACUCACGCUCUUUACUGGUACAGUGGGAAGGACUAUGGCUUCUAUGUCUACGGAGUGGAAAACAAGGUUUUUACCUCCAAAUAUCCAACUUCCUGUAGUAUUUUAUAAGCUAACCGUGGCAGCAACAGACAUAUAUAUAUACUCAUAAUCACCAUUUACCAUCCACUAUAUAUGCAGCCUAUUUGUGAAAGGCAGUUAUGAAGUAAUUUUGGAAGAUCUAAACCUCAAAAAUGACCUUCGAUUCAGAUCAGAAUGAGAUGAAUCAGGUUUGGAGCUUUGAAUGAAUAGGGUGAGAGCAGAACAAACACCAGAGACUGCAGACACAUGCUGCGCCUUAUUUAUAAAAUUAUGAAGAGAUUUUAAGGAUGUUGUUACCAAAGCUCUGCCUCAUGUCAAAGAACAAUUCAUUAGAAUGUGGUUAUGAUCCAUUUUAUGUAUUUGUAAAUCACAAACUUGCUGCUUGGUUAAGGUCUGUGCUCUCAUGCUUUUUCUAUUUCAUUGUAUUUCAGUUAGAAAAUAACUACACAGCACCACAUUUAUAGAGAGUCAUGUUUAUUUCAUUAUUUGUGAUAUGUAUAUUAUCAUGUAUGCAGAUGAUACUGCUUUGUUCACUCAUGGGAAAAGUGCUAUAGAAGUGGCCAUGAGAUUAACAGAGGAAAUGAAUAAGGUGCCUGAUUAGUAGCAGAACUCUUGUCUGACAUUAAACACAGAAAAUACUUUUGCAAUGUUUUUAAGAAACUGCUGAUAAAUUAUAAAUUGUCCAAAUGUUCAUAUGAAAGGAACAAAAAUUAUAACUCUGUGAAUUUACCAAAUUAGUCGUCACUCUAGCCGGUGUUGACUUAAAAAGAAAAAAAA